AUGGCGGGGGUAUUUCCGCAUGCAGAGUCCUCGUCGGGGCUGCAGCUGGGCCCGGCGGGGCAGAGGAAUUCAGGCGACGGCGACGGGAGACAACAUCACGUCGACCCAGUCACGUUAGGAUUCGCGCAGUUGAACGCGCGAUUUGAUAAGAUGGAUCGUCGGGUCGAUCACUUGGAACGACGACCGACGCCGCAGACAGGGGGCCACGAGGCCGAUUGGGACGAAGCCGACCACGCGUGGGAGGACUACCGCGGGAAUGGUCGGAGCGGCCGUGAGGAGUAUGACCGCCCCUACCGACAUCAGGGUCGGGGCCGUGGGCGCCCUAACCGGGGGGGCCGCGGAGAUCGCUGUGGGGAGGCGGCGCUUGCAGGCCGAGGGAACCGCCCUGGUCAGCGCCGGGGCGACGCAGGGUAUAGAACAGGUCGCCGUCGGGAUAGUUGGGACCUACCACAGAGACAUGACGAUUGGGAUGAUGAGGGGUACGAGGAGCGCGGAGUAACCUCCUGGGACCCGCCCCAUAAUCGGGAGCGUUUUAACCGCCAGUCGUCGGAUUAUUCAUCCGGCGUAAAGAUGGACGCACCCCACUUUAAUGGGACAGACACGCCAAAUUGGAUCUCUCGUGUGCAAUACUAUUUUGAUCACAAGCGGGUUCCGGAAGCUGAACGUUUGCAUUAUGUAGUAAUGCUAUUCGACCCACCCGCUUCGGAGUGGAUAUUUAAUUAUCGGGAGACGAACGGUUAUUGUACGUGGCCGGAGUUUUUGGACGAUGUUAGGCAUCGAUUUGACCCCCAGAGCUUCAGGAAUUAUACGGGUUUGAUCGCCAAGUUGGUCCAGACGACGACCGUGGCUGACUACCACGCCACAUUCGAACGGUAUCUCAAUAGGGUGACCGACUUAUCGGAGUCAGCCUUGAUUCCAAUUUUUAUUCAAGGGCUGAAGCAGCCUCUGCAAGAAAAAGUCGAAUUACAGUACCCAGAGUCGUUGGCAGAGGCAAUGGCCUUGGCGUUGCGUUUGGUAGCAACACACGAAGAACGACCGCCGCACACGUCGGCAUAUCAGCGCCGACCGUGGCCCGGCAAGGAGCAACGCGCCACUCCGGCUCCUGGUUCUACCCAAACCGCCAUGCCUCAACCACAGGACUCGCUGGUCCGUGAGGCGGACAGAUCACGAGCUUAUCCAAUUAGAGUGUCGAACGCGGAAAAAUCGGAGCGAGCCCGCCGAGGGCUCUGUUAUCAUUGCCCCGAAAAGUGGGUCGCUGGCCACGUUUGUAAGGUCAAAUUGCUUUGUUAUAUGGACGACGAGGCAGACAGCCCACACGAGGCCGGUGUGGGAGAGCAGGGUUCCGAGGAUGAACUAAUUACUGCAGACUUAUCGCACCUGCACGCCUUAGAUGGCCGGGGGAGCUCCAAACCGUUUAUUGUCCAGGGGACGCUGGGAGACACCACCGUCCGGGUAUUAAUUGACACAGGAGCGACCCUCGAUUUCCUCCAUCCACGGAUUGCGGAGAGACUUCAGUUGGAACUAACUCAAAUUAGACCAUUCCGAGUGCUGGUGGGCAACGGUGCAUCCUUGCUUUGUACCCAUAUUUCGCGAGGAACGAAGCUAACUCUGCAGGGUAGUGUAUUUGUGGUGGAUCUUCACAUUCUCGCUCACCAUGGCCCGGAUGUGAUAUUGGGAAUGAACUGGUUGGAAUCGCUAGGGAAAGUGUCGGCAGACUUUGUCAGGAAAACGCUAGAAUUCACUCAAGGGGAUCGGACGGUGUUCUUGCAAGGGCUGAUGCUAGGCCCAAGGCAGAUUUCACUACACUCGCUAUACACGCUAACGGCACAGCCAGCAGAUCACGAGUUCUACGAAAUCGUACCUUUUAACAGUGUUUCCGAGGCAGGGGCCAUCGAGGGCCAGGAGGGUUUUGCGCCCAACCUGCCAGCCGAGGUACUGGAGGUAUUGACGGCACACCGGGCGGUGUUCGAGCAACCCCGCGGCGUUCCCCCGACCCGCUUAUUUGACCACCGGAUUCAUCUGUUACCAGGGACAAGGCCGAUUAAUGUUCGACCUUACAGAUACCCUUACUUCCAAAAGACCGAAAUUGAGAAACAAGUGCGCGAUAUGUUGGAGCAAGGUAUUAUUCGGCACAGUCACAGCCCUUUCUCGUCCCCGGUACUAUUGAUCCGCAAAAAGGAUGGCACUUUUCGCUUUUGCAUCGAUUAUCGUGCCCUCAAUAAAGCAACAGUCCCGGAUCAUUUUCCCAUACCGACGGCGGAAGAACUUUUUGAUGAGUUGGGCAGCGCGAAGUAUUUUACUAAGUUGGACCUUCGCUCCGGGUAUCAUCAAAUUCGGAUGAGCGAGGGUGACAUCUUUAAGACGGCCUUCAGGACUCAUGACGGCCACUUCGAGUUUCUUGUGAUGCCUUUCGGUCUUACAAACACACCUUCCACUUUUCAGGAGGCCAUGAAUGCCAUUUUCCAGCCACUACUCAGACAGUGUGUUAUCGUCUUCUUCGAUGAUAUCUUGAUUUACAGUCCAUCCCUCGAGUUGCAUGGCCAGCACUUGCAGGCAGUCCUGCAGCUACUCCACGCAAAUAACUUCUUCGUCAAGCUUUCCAAAUGCUCGUUUUGCAGUGCCUCGGUGGAGUAUUUAGGCCACAUCAUUGACGACGGCAAACUCAAGGCAGACCCAAACAAAAUAGAAGCAAUGAAGGCAUGGCCUACGCCGGGAACGGUCAGACAGUUAAGGGGUUUCUUGGGUUUGACAGGCUAUUAUCGCCGUUUCGUAGCUCACUAUGCGACGUUAGCCGCACCAUUGACGGAUUUGCUUAAAAAGGAGGCUUUUCGGUGGUCAUCCGAGGCCGAGACAACCUUUUCAGCUCUAAAAACGGCAAUGACCUCGGCACCAGUCCUGCAACUACCGAAUUUCAAUUUGCCCUUUUGCGUCGAGACGGAUGCUUGUGACGUGGGGAUUGGCGCAGUCCUGAUGCAGCUAAAUCAUCCCAUUGCGUUCUUCAGUAAGAAAUUGGGUCCUCGCAGGAGAGUAGCGUCGACGUAUCAUAAGGAAUUAUACGCUAUUGUGGAGGCGGUGCAAAAGUGGCGCCAAUAUUUAUUAGGGCGCGAGUUCAUUAUUCGCACAGAUCAGAGAAGCCUAAAGGACUUGUUGCAACAGGUGGUACAAACUCCGGACCAAUAG